AUGGUCUCCACGUUGUUACUCUGCGGUGGGACGGACCAGGAUGAAGGAUGCUGGAACGACAGGAUUCCACUUGCACCGGUUAAAAUGAAUCGCAGGGAGGACCCGCUGUUGCGGCAGCAUCGCAACCGCUUGCUGCAAUUAGCAGAGGUGACAAACAUCAAGCCUGGCCGUGGCAGCGGGAAAAGACGAGGCCAGAGACAGUCGCACGGUUUCGGACCCAGCAAUGGCGGACCGAGCGGCGGAGGCCGUGUCACCCUGCAGGAUAUCGUGAGGAGCGAUCCUGGAUACACGCCAAACAUCGAGCAUUUAGUUUUUCCGGAGCGCAAGAGCAGCAACCCGAAUUUGGCGAAAACCAGCGACGAUGCUCCGGCGAACAAAUCCAAGUCGAACGCCACCAGCUCGGGCAGAUCCAGGCUCGCGGAAGUGUUCUCCAGGCAUUACUCCAGGGGCUCCUCGCAGGACUCUUCGGUCACGUCCAGGAAGAAUCACUUGAACAGCACGUCGCUGGACAGCGGAGGGACGGUGUCCCAUCAGGCAACAGGGUCGAGCGGAGCGUCGGUGGUGACGAGAAGCGCCGGGCGUCGUUGGCUGUCGCAGAGCUCGCAAUCCUCCAGGCAACAUUCGGCCGAGGACGGGGUACGUGGGGGCAACGUGGGCGUCAUAGGGCCCGUUUCGACCUCGUCCUCGAGUCAGGCCCCUGCUCCCGCCCUGCCACCUCGUAGAGUCAGUCCAGCCGCGGAUUCCACCGACAUCUCGAAUACGGCCACUGGCUCCCGCGGCGACAGAGGUCAAAACGUGUCGAUCCUGCAUUUACGCGGCACGUCGGAUCCUUGGGAAGUUGGCUCUCAAGGUUCCUCGUAUAGCGUCGGUAGCAAUAAAAGUCAAACUGGCGGCAAAGGAAAAUCGAGCGGAAAUACCCGAGGCUCGUAUACGCGUGGCACUUCGAUACCGUCUUUGAAGCGCCACGACACCGCGGCAUCGGCGUCCUCGACUUCCAGCUUGAAACAGCAUCGACAGGAUAGCCACGGACAGGUGACGAGUUCUCGUCGUCGAGAAUCCUCGAAUUCGUUCCUGUCGGGUAACAGCGGCACCUCCGGCGAACUUUUCAUCAGCGGAGAUUGCAGCAGGGAAUUGUCACCGGUCCGAUGGUGCGACAGAGAGGUGGACGGUGUCUAUUUGGGUCGAUCGGGUUGGGUUCAGGUGCAACAAAGGUCUCUGGACGAGAAUCGGCGGAUAAACUAUGAGAGUAGCUUGGUAACGGCAACCACGGGUACCCUGCCGUUACCGCGACGAGCCAUGGUAAAAUUGGCCGACUACCAUUGCAACAGCGAACCAGGGAAAUGUCCAGAAGAGUUUCUACGAUUGGACAGUCAGAGACCGGACUAUCUGGCUCUCCACGGACAAGAUUUCGAAUCAGUGGCAAGCAGCACUUGCACGUCCCCUCACAGUAUCCCGGAAUCUUAUUCCCCGCCGUCGAUCACGCCGAUAAUCUCACCUCCACCGGCCUUCCAGGACGUGGUCGGCAAAAAGACGUCCUCGAAACACUCUUCCGGGCGUAACAACUAUGGGAAGCCGCCGUUCCUACCGAGAUCCAACGCUAUAGUAGACAGUGACAUCAUCAGUCCUCCACCGUCGCCUCCGCAUCAAGUGAAUUGGAGUUCCUUGCCACCUUCUUCCCGGAAAUCGUCGAGCACGCCGUCCAGACCUCGGAGGCAGAAUAGCAGUAGUCAACAACAGCAGCAGCAGCAGCAACAGCAACAGCAGCAGCAGCAGCAGCAGCAGCAGCAGCAGUAUCGGAUGGCUCAAGCGAAAUCACUGGAAGAUCAAUCUUCCACGAGGAGAUCGCAGUUCGUCCAACGUUAUCUAGAAUCGUCUAGCUCGUCCUCCUCGUCGGUAGGUUUCAGAAGUUUGGACAGCUGCGUCACGAGAGUGGCAAUGCCUAGAUUAGCGGAAAACACGGAUUCGUCGGUGGAGGGCUACGACGACGGCGACGACGAGGACGACAAUCCUAGCUCCUCCUUGAAUCUGAGCCUCGUUUCUUCCUCUAUAAUAGCCCUGAAUUCAUCCACGGAGUCUAUACGCGCUAAUGGAGAAAGGAUUUCGCCAAACAGACGUCAUCACAGAAGUCAACAGGGAUUAAGAAGAUCGCCCGGAUCCUCGGAAUCCGGCAAGUUAUCGUUCAAUUCGCCUUCCUCCUCUUCCUCGUCGUCGAGCAGCGCGGAUAGACAAGGCAGAUCUCCGACGCCCAAUCCUUUCAGACGUAGCAAUGCCUCUAGACAGCACCAGAGCGCCAGGACGACGCAAGCGUCCCCGGAUUCCCAUCAGUCGCGGGUAAGAAGAUCCAGGAGCCUUCAAUUACCAGAGAAGAGGUCUCCUAGCACCGCGGCACCGAGCAGAGAACACUCCAGGGAAUCUAACGAGCCCCAUAGACUCGUCGUGAAAAUCUCCAGCGAUCGAGGGAACGAGAGGAAACGUCACGCUCUUCAAAACAGAAAAGCGCAGUCGACCGAGAACGCGUUAAACGAGGAGCUUCUCCGUGAAACCGAGGCAGUAACCGAGUUCCUUUACGGUACAAGGAAUCGUGCCGUGGCCAGGAGCCUUCUCUCCUGCCGCUUCGAGCGCCGCGAGGACAGCCAGGAUCAAAGACAAAGGAACAAUCCCAACACCUACGACGUUUACUUUAUCUCGUCCAAACAACAACAAUCUUCCAAAUCGACCAACUCGUCGACGCAACAACAAUCCCAGCAACAGCAGCAACAUCAACAACAGCAGCAGCAUCAACAACAGCAGCAGCAGCAGCAACAGUCGCAACAGCAGCAGCAGCAACAACAGCAGCAGCAACAAUCCAGGCGGCCAAAGACGCUUCAAAGAGGGGCAACGACCCCGAACGCGAAUCCUUCCACUUCGAACGACUUUUGUAUCAGUCCUGACACAAAGCUACGCUGCAACAGUAGUACCUGCGACUUCUGGCCGCAUUGCUCGCAGAGAGAUACUUUGUACUCUCCCAACCAAGCUCCAGUAUUCAUGAAGAUAUCCCAGAGCUAUCCGGCUCAUCAGAGGCUCCCCACGGACACGGGUAGCCACGCGAGCAGAGGAAGCGCCAGCUCAUCUCCGGCGUCGUUAGAGCGAAUGGACGAUCGAGAGUUCCGUGAACGCGAAAGUUCGCGGAAAAAUCGGGCCGCCAGCCGCGAUCAGAGCAAUAACAACGCGCCUAAAUAUCAGGAAAGACAGCCAAAGAGCGUGUUGAAGCAGUCGAAUCGAUGGUCGCCUCUGGAAGGAUCGAACGGGAACGGUUCGGGCGUAGAAAGGAGAGAAUAUCAUCGUUACUAUCAGAAGCCGGAGUUUACCGGUAGUUUCGAAGGUUGUGAAAAUAAGGAUAGAAAAGUGUCGCCGGUUCAGGCGAAGAGUAUCGCGAACAGGUCACCGAGUGGUCAAGUUGCCUCCUCGUCGACUACGUCGUCGUCGUCCAGCAGCGAUAUCUGGGUGACCACGUCCGAUCGAACGGUGACGAAAAGCCCGAGGAACGCGAAAAGCUCGGGCGCGUCUACUCCGAUGGAGGACGCCGUGAUCGGUUCGCUGAAAACGUUGAUGGAACCGCCGAAAGACGGAAUGCUCUCCAGGCCUGGAAGCGCACCGACCAGAGGGGAAGAUGCCCUGCCAGGGGAUGCGUCGUUGGAUCCUCACCAGCGAUCUCUGUCCUUGCCAAAGUCCUUCCUGACGCAUAAUAUCGACGGCAAUAACAAAGGAGCCUCCUGGCAACGUGGGCAGAAUUCCCAAAGGUCGAGCCCCAGUCCCAGUCGACUUCGCCACACACAGGAAGCAGCCACGCCUCACACAGCUCCUGUUUCCCCGCUGCACGAUCAACGCUCGAGCGCGUACUCUGGAAAGGAUAGGAGACGAAUUCCUGGGCUGAGCAAGGCGCAGAGGCGUAUCAAAGCGUCGAGCACGCCGGCGCUCUUGGACCGUGAUGUGGAAAGUCGACAGUGGUCGGGAGACGAAGAGGACGAGGGCACAACAGGUCACGUAACAACGGAGCAUCCUCUGGCAGAGGCGACAAUUCCCUUGGUCUCCCACUCGCGUCUUCAAGAGCAGCCCUCUAACUUAAGUGGCAAUCUCGUGACCGCUUCCGGGACCCAGAAUCCUCCUCGUUCGAGCACGCAGAGCCAGCAAGAGAGCGUUCUGCAGAAAUUCAGAAAGAGCUUCUCCUUGAGGUUCCACAAAAAGGGCAGCAAGGAAAGCAACGAGAGCGAGUGUCCGGUCGAAGAUAACGAUGGAUCCGGCCCUCUGGACGAGGAGGAGGAAAGGGAGCCGCCGACUGUGACGGAACAGACCCCUCAGCACAAAGAAGACACCAGUAAUGACCAGAAAUUCCGAUUUGGUCCCCUUGUGUGGAGAAGCAGCAAGGAGAGGAAAAAGGGCAGCAAGGCUGCCAGAAACGCGAAGUGCAACAGCGGAGAUAGUGGAAUACAGAUCGAGAUGGUAUCUGGUGGAGCAUUGACUGGGGGCGGUGGUGGUGGAAUGAUGGGGGGUGGUGAUAGCUCCGAGUCCCACGACACGGAUGUCCAAGACGAGACGGACAGCCCGCCAGCCCUUCGUAGGCGAGUCGCCGACAAAUCACGACCCCAGUCCGAGCUCAUCAACCAGAUACUGAUCGACAAGUUUAAGGCGGAUCUGCAGAGCCGAGCGUCGAGGCACCAGCAUGUACGCAGAACGAACAGCGAUUUAGGAGGGCAGAGGUUACUCCAGUGGGAUACGAGGUCCGGUUACAGCCACGCGCACAAUUACCGCAGGAUGCUCUCGACUCCAUCGCCGAUCAAGACGAGGCCUCCUAGACUCAGUCCGAGGCACUCCUCCCAUGACAUCGUUACGCUGAGAAGUAACGCGAAAGGGAGGAGUUCUCGGACAAAUCUGAGGCGUUCGCUUAGCCAACCACUGGGUAUCAAUCAGCUAUCACCCUUGAUGCGCACCAAAACUGCAGGCGCGAGGUUGCCCGGUGGAAAUGUCCUGUCUGAGGACGAACAGGACGGAAGAGGUGGAACAUCCGACGAUGAGAUGAUGUCCGACUCGGAAUCCUCCAUUGCCUCCUUGACGGACAGAAAAAAGUCCUUCGAGCAGACGAUGGACGAAGAGGUCGUAAUCCUGGCUGAAGCUGUUUGGGACCACGUGGCGAUGGAACCGGAGGAGCUAGCUUUCCGUGCUGGCGAUGUGAUCGAAGUUUUGGACAACCUGGAUAAGGACUGGUGGUGGGGUAGUUGCAGAGGAGAGCAUGGCUGGUUCCCGGCUGCAUUUGUUAGGUUACGCGUAAGCCAAGAGGAUACUGUCGAGGAUUGUUUGGCGGCGAUGGCCUCUGGAGGUACGUCAAAUUCGCAACUGAGAAGACGUACCAGUGUUUCGCUAUUAUCGAACGAACAGGUCAGAACUAGCGUAGUUCGUGAACUAGUUCAAACAGAACGAGAUUUCGUUAAGAUACUGAGGGAUGUCGCGGAGGGUUACAUAGCCGAAUGUCGACGACGCACAGAUAUGUUUACCGAGGAACAGAUAGAAACGAUUUUCAUCAACCUCGAAGAGCUUAUGGACUUCCAAUCUGAGUUUUUAAAGGAGCUAGAAACUAGGAUCGACUGGAGUGCUCCGCACAAGAGUUGCGUCGGUGAAUGUUUCCUAAACCAUAGAGCAGGAUUUCGUAUGUAUUCGGAGUACUGUAACAGUCAUCCUAUGGCUACCGCCACGUUGCAGGAAUUGUAUCAACAUAAUCGUUAUAGCAAGUUCUUUGAAGCCUGUAGAUUAAUGAGAGGACUAAUAGAAAUUCCUUUAGACGGAUAUUUGUUAACGCCUGUGCAACGGAUAUGCAAGUAUCCGCUCCAGUUGGCAGAACUGUUGAAGUAUACAAAAACCGAUCAUCCAGAUUACCAUAAGAUUCAGGAAGCUCUAGAAGCGAUGCGAGGUGUUGCCGUUUUGAUUAACGAAAGAAAGAGGCGAAUGGAAAGCCUUGAAAAGCUGGCUGCCUGGCAAUUAAGGGUUGAAGGUUGGGAGGGUGAAGAUCUUAUAGAAGUUUCGUCCCAAUUGAUCUAUCAAGGCGAAGCUGUAAGAGUCACCACUGGCAUGUGGACAAACAAUAUAACCCUUUUCCUGUUUGACCAUCAAUUAGUGUAUUGUAAGAAAGACAUUUUAAAGCGAAAUACUUAUGUAUAUAAAGGGCGAAUUUAUCUCGACACAAGCGAAGUGAUUGAUGUUCCCGAUGGAAAAGAUCAUCAGUUGGGUGUAACAGUGAGGCACUGUUUGAAAGUGUAUAGUUGUGUUCGAGAUAAGUGGUUGCUGUUCUGUUGUCGCACGGCAGAAGAGAAACGUCGAUGGUUGGCAGCCAUGGCAGAGGAGCGAAGAUUAGUUGCUCAGGACAGAAAUGACGGUUUGGAGUUUCCCGCUGCGGCUAGGCAAUUGGCUAGGCUCGCCGCGACGAGACAGCAGAACAGACCGCCAAUUAAACCUCGUAAUAAAACGUACAAAAGAGAGUCGGCUUACGAAAUGCCUACAAUGAUCGGGCAAGCCACGACAAACUCGUUAGGACGUAAAGUUGGCACUUGGUUCACGUUCGGUAGCAGCAAGAAAAAUACACGACUUCAGCCGUCCUGAGACAGGCCUACCUUCGUACCAUACAUUGACUUGUGAAAGUCUAACGAGAAGCGCUUAAUCGUUGCUUCGCAACGAUGAUUUAUAUCAUACCUCAUUUAAUGUUUGAAAAACAUUUCUUAAAUUUCUUUUUGUCAGUUUAUUCCAAUUUUCUCGGUUAUUUCGACAUUCAAAGGUAUUCGAAUAAUCGAAUUCAUUUUAAUUCGCACGAAAGCAAACGAUAUCAAGCGCUUGUCAUAUGUAUGGAACGAAGGUUCUUUAUUUAUCUAAUUUUUAAGUUUCACUCUUUAAUCGUUAUCGAUUCAAAAAUAUCGAUACGUCCUGUUAACAGGGUACCAAAACCCUAAAAUUUCCAUCGGUCCGAGUGUAGUAUUCUCUGGUUUAAUUUAAACACAUACGUUCGAUAAAAAGAAAAGUGUAACUUUACAGCAUUGACGAUAUUUAUUUCACUGCCUCGAGGAAAAUUUUUCUAGAUUCCACGCUCUGUCGUCUUACAAUCACACAGAUCACUGCAAUCACGGAGUGACAAGGUAUUAUCACUUAGUUGUUUCUAGAAAAUGAUAAACGUUGUUUGAUGAAAAUAUAACCUCAAGAAAUAUAUUAUUAAUUAACCGUAAUCAUAAAUUCUUGUAAAGGAGGGUAUGCGUGCAAGCAACGUUUAUACGGGUAUCUUAAAUGAAAUUAAUAAUAUCAUAAACUCAGAAAAGAUACCGUGCGAAAAUUUAGAGCGAUUAAAAGUAAGGCGCCAGGUAUCGAGGCGAAUCAAGUUAAUGAUAUAAUCGAAGAAGAAAAAACAUAAAUUAGAAAACGUGAAUGCACCUACUAUUAAAAAUAUACGGAUAUAUGUGUAAAGCCGAUAGCGAGCUUUUGCGGUACUAAAGAGAAAGUACUAGUCACUCUUAUCACAAAAUCACAUGAAAGACCAGUGAUGAUAAAAUUUUAGCAGUAUCGAAAUGCAACCGCUUGUAUGUUGUGAGCAAUGAAUGGAUUAGUAAUGGCCAUCAGUUUUCUAUGGUAAUAAAGACUGACUGAGAAAUGCUUGUUUCCCAGAGAUACAUGAGCAAAUAUAGGUACGAGGGUAGCACUGAGAGAAAAGUAUAGUCAAAGAGUAACCGAAUUUUGCUAUAAGUAGAUAUAUUUAGAGUUCCAAAGUGAAGAUACAUUCUUAAAUGUAUUUCUGGUUCGAUAACCAAUUACAUAGUCUGUUUUAGAAUGCACAUUGAAAUAAAAAGAAACGACAUUGACAUAAAUAUCAUGCAUUGAAACUUUCUCUCAGUGAAGCGAAACGUAUCAUAGUACAUAUUCGUUAAAAAAAAAAAACAAAAAAGAAUCUUUAAAUUGUUUCACGAUACGCCCUUUUACUGCCUAGAAUUAUUGUCGCUUCACACGAAGCAGUAAAUCAUAAUACUCAUCGUAGUUUGUACGAAGGUUUUAAAUUUUUGGUAAAUGGACGAAGAAUUAUAUUUCUACGUCGGUUACGGAGCGACAGUAUUAACGAUAUAGAAAUCACUAAACGUGUAAAUACUCGCAUAUCAAGCUUCUUUUCUACUGCUGCUGUAGAAGUUUCUAAAAAGGAAUCAUUUGAGACAUCGUUCAUGUUUUUCUACUCUUGUACAGAAAAAGUGUUACGAAAAUAUCAUGAUGAAAGCCAGUCAGCCAGCAAAAACCUCUGUGUUUUGUAGGUAAAAGUUAACAGCAUGUACACACUAUCUGUAAUUCUUCAUCGUGAACAAUACAAUUAACAUUUUGAAAAACUAGUCCACCAAUUGUGAAAGUUUUCAACACUGCCAAUAUGUUUACUAAAUAUGUUUUUAUUCGUUUCUGACAUUCUUCAUCAUCUUAACGCAUACAUAAUAUUAAAGUAUACGUUCGUGAAAACAUAACUGUUAAUCUCUGUCUUUAACCGUAAUUGUGCAGAGAAAUAAAGGAAGAAAUACUUAUGAAACAUAAACAAUACACAGAAGUAUAUUUUUGCUUAUUUUCUGGCAUUGUAUUUACUAUACGACAAGGACAAUAUGAUGAUAAAAGUGAAAGAGCAAGAUUCCUACUCAAUUGUACAGAGAUCAUUAAUCAUUGAUGUGUAGUCUAGGAGCGAUACAUUUGUUGCUGGACCUAAUUCUUUUAAGAGUUAUUUUUAUAGGACAAAUUUAUUUGUUCGAACGCAAUUUCUCUAUAAGCAUUGUUAUGUAAGGACAGUUAUAAUGGCCAAUGUGACUAAAUGUAAGGAAAGAAAUAACAAAAUGUUAAUUAUAAAUGCUGAAACAAUAAUACCGCAUAUUGCACAUCUCACAGCUUUUCAUUCAUUGAAUCUCACUAACAUCAAUAAAGAAUAAAUCUUCUGUAAAUUAUCAGAGUAAUAUUACGAAUAUUCGCAGAACGCAUUAGUUAUUAAUUA